AGGGACCAGACUCUCCGUUGAAGCCUGCACAUCUUCAGUUCUCUGCUUCCACUUGACCACCUCACCAACUACAAGAUGAUCCCCAGGAAGUCCUACUCCGUCUCAGGCUCCAGCAGCAUGUCCAGGAGAUCUUUUGCAGGGCCCCAGGCCGGCUUCAGAACGAGCUACACUCUCGGCUCUUCGGCUGGCGGUUUUGGUGCCGGCAGUUUUGGUGCAGGCAGUUUUGGUGCAGGCGGUUAUGGUGCUGUUUCUUCGAUGAGCUCCAGCUCCAUGGCUGGUGGUAAUUUUGGGAGUGGAGCUGGCUUAGUGGCUCCCCAUAUCACCGCAGUCACAGUCAACCAGAGUCUGCUGACCCCCCUGAGUCUGGAUAUUGACCCAACCAUCCAGGCCGUCCGCACCCAGGAAAAAGAUCAGAUCAAGACACUCAACAAUCGCUUUGCCUCCUUUAUCGACAAGGUACGUUUCCUGGAGCAGCAGAACAAGAUGCUGGAGACCAAGUGGAACCUCCUGCAAGACCAGACCACAACCCGCUCCAACAUCGACGCCAUGUUUGAAGCUUACAUUGCAAACUUGCGCAGGCAACUCGAUGGGCUGGGCAACGAGAAAGUCAAGCUGGAGUCAGAACUGAAGAACAUGCAGCUCCAGGUGGAGGACUUCAAAACAAAGUAUGAAAAUGAAAUCAACAAGCGCACAGCUGCAGAGAAUGAAUUUGUGCUCUUGAAAAAGGAUGUUGACGGCGCUUACAUGAAUAAGGUGGAGCUGGAGGCCAAAGCCGACGCUCUUCAAGAUGAAAUCAACUUCCUCAGAGCCGUCUAUGAAGCUGAGCUCCGGGAGCUGCAGUCCCAGAUCAAGGACACCUCUGUCAUUGUGGAGAUGGACAACAGCCGUAACUUGGAUAUGGAUUCCAUUGUGGCCGAAGUGCGCGCUCAGUAUGAGGACAUUGCCAACCGCAGCAAGGCUGAUGCAGAGGCCUGGUACAAACAGAAGUAUGAGGAGAUGCAGAGCUCCGCUGGACAGUACGGUGAUGACCUUCGCACAACCAAGGCUGAGAUUGCUGAGCUGAACCGCAUGAUUGCCCGUCUUCAGAAUGAGAUUGAGGCGGUCAAGGCACAGAGGGCCAGCCUCGAGGCUCAGAUUGCGGAGGCUGAGGAGCGUGGAGAGUUGGCGGUGAAGGAUGCCAAGCUCCGCAUCAAGGAUCUGGAGGAAGCCCUCCAGAGAGCCAAGCAGGACAUGGCCCGCCAGGUGCGUGAAUACCAGGAGCUGAUGAACGUCAAGAUGGCCCUGGACAUUGAAAUCGCCACCUACAGGAAACUGCUGGAAGGAGAGGAGAACAGACUGCUCUCUGGACCCACUAGCGCAACCAUCCAUGUGCAGCAGACUUCAGGCGGAUUCUCGGGCUCCAGCUCGGCUGGUGGAUUUGGUUUCGGAGGCAGCAGCAUGUCUGGUGGUUUCGGUGGCAGCAGCAUGACAAGUGGUUACGGCGGCAGCAGCAUGUCUGGUGGUACUUACGGUGGUACUGUCACAAAAUCCAGUGUGUCCACGACCAGCUCCAGAAGAUACAUUUAAGAAAGGGAGCAGUUCCCCUUGCCUCCAGUGUGCUAUCCAACAUCGAUGAACAGGCUAAAUGGUCCAUUUUCUUACAUCGUCACCAGAUGUGCCUCAGAAUGUAUUUGUACCAUGUCAUUCAUCAUUACUGAAGAGUUCCUAAAACAAUUUGGAUAGGCCCUUGUAGAAAUACCAGAUGAGUGAUGACUUCCGAAAUAGUAAUAAAUACAUCUGAACACA